ACUUUCUACCUUGUUUCCCCCUUCAGGCCAGCAGCGUAGUUGGGCCUCCUUCAGCAGCACUGGAGAGCAGCCUGCCCGCCAUGCUGGGAAACUGUGCUUUCUCUUCUUCUGCGUCUCAUUUAGCUCCAGAGAGUGAACAGCAGCAGCAGCCGCCGCAGCCCAAAGUGUAUCCUCCAGAGGUGAUGCCCAGUCUCCAAGCACAGGACAUUGCCCCGCCCGGCAGCUUCCCUGCAGCCUCUGCUCCCGGCCAGCUGCAGAGCAGCGAUGCCUUGUUGCAGCAGGCGGCUCAGUUCUCUUCCCGAGGAGAGGCGCAGGCGGACUCCGUGGUCAUGACAAUGUCUCAGCUGACGGAGGCUGCACAGCAGCAGUCGCCCCUGCAGGAGUCGGCACAGGCGCUGCAGCAGCAGCAGCAACAGCAGCAGAUCUCAUCCAGUAUGUUCUCCUCGGCAAAUGGAGUGAGCCAGCUGCAAAGCACCAUCCAGCAGCUCCAGGCGGGGAACUUCCAGCCCAGCACUGCUGGCGGUGGCAGCAGCAGCAGCGGUGGUGGCAGCGGCGGCGGCGGAAAUGUCGACUUGGUCCAGCAAGUGCUGGAAGCUCAGCAGCAGCUGUCCUCUGUUUUUUUUUCUGGCUCAGACAACGAGGAUGUCCAAGAACAGCUCAAUGUGGAGAUUUUCCAGCAAGUCACCCAAAUACAAAACAGUGUCAACCCAGGGAUGUUUUCCUCCUCCGAGGCGGCCUGUUCCAGAGCAGAGGACAUUCUUUCUGGCAGAACCGAGACUGUCCACCAGCAGCCCGAGGCCUCCUUGUCCAACCAGCAGCAGGUGAUGGAGGCCUCCACCGCGAUGGUGCUGGACAUGCCGUCAGACUUGUUCUCCUCGACCCCUCCCUCUUCUGGCAACGGAAGCAUCCCGCAGUCCUCUGUGUACCAGCAAGCUUCCCGUGUGAUGAGCGGGCUGUCAGCCUCCGAAGACAUGCAGAUGCAGUGCGAGUUAUUCUCUCCGGCCAACGUCUCUGGCAACGAAGCCGCUGCCCCACCCCGGCAGCAUGUCUCUGCCAGCGGCCCUGCUUUGUUUCAGUCUUCUGGCUCCGCUGAGAACGAAGAGGCCCCAGGCCAGGCCAAGCAGAUGCAGAACACCGUCUUUCAGGCCAUGGUCCAGAUGCAGCAUAGUGGAGAGAGCCAGUCUCAAGUCAGCCUGUUCUCUUCCUCGGAGGACAUGAUGACCGUCCAGGGCAGUGGGCAGCAGCAGCAGCAGCAGCAAGGGGCAGGGCUAUUCCAGCAGAGUGAGGAGAUGAUGUCUCUCCAGCCCAGCAGCUUCCUGCAGCAGGCUCCCCACUCCCAGGCCCAGCUUUUCCACUCUCAGAGCCCGAUCGGAGAUGCCCAGAACAUCUCGCAGGAAACCCAGAGCGCACUCUUUCACAGCCAGAGCGCUUCCUCUUCCUCUGAGCAGUUGCAGACGCAGAUGUUCCACUCCCAGAGCAACAUGAGAGUCCUGCAGAGCAGUGCCGUUGUGCAAGACCAGCAGUCAGGUGGUCUGUUCCUCUCCCAGAGUCCAAUGAGUGGCUCACAGGAGGAGCAGAUGUCGUUCUUCAACACCCAGAGCACCAUGUCUUCGCUGCAGACUCCUGCGAAUGCUGAGCAGCAGUCCGCAUUCCAGCAGCAGCAGCAGCAGCAGGCCCAGCUCUCCCACCUGCAGGGCCCUCUGCUUUCCCAAGAGCCGCCCCAGAACCCACAGCAGGGCCUGUUCCAGUCACAAGUGUCCCUCGGCUCCCUUCCCUCUUCUGGGGUGUCCCCAAGCCAGCAAGGACCCAUGUUCCAGUCCUCUCACUCGCUCGUGGCUCUUCAGAACAGCGCCCCAUCUCAAGAGCAGCAGCAGCAGCAGCAGCAAAAUAUGCAGUACAGCAGUCAGACUUCCCUGGGCCCGAUGACACCCCAGGAGCCCAGCAUCAUGUUCAGCCCCAAUCCUGCCUCCAUGGUGAGCCAGGAGCAGCAGCAGCAGCAGCAGCAGAGCCAGCCCCUCUUUCACCCCCCAGCUAGCCUGAGUCAGGACCAGCAGCCCAUGCAGUUCCAGAGCCAGAGUGCUGGCUCUGGCCAAGCCGACCCGCAGCAGCCCGCCCUGUUCCACAGCUCCCCCCGGAUGCAGCUAGUCCAAGGUUCCCCCGGCUCUCAGGAGCAGCCGGUCACCCUCUUCAUCUCUUCCGCUUCCAUGUCUGCCUUGCAGAGCAGCAUCGGCCAGCAGGAGCUCCAGCAGCCCUCGCUCUACCCUUCCCAGAGCAGCCUGGGCAGCAUCCAGAACACCUCCUCAUCCUCCCAGCAGCAGCAACAGCAGCAGCAACAGCAACAACAAGCAGCUUUAUUCCAGAACACGCACAGCAGUGCCCUCAGCCAGCUGCAGAACUCCUCUGCUCCACCUCCACAGACCUCUGGGAUAUUCCUCUUUGGCAUCCAAGACAGUAAGUAAGGAGGGCCUGCCCUU